GAUAUAAGGCUGCGCAGCCUGCAGCCGCGACUCCCGAGACCCCCGAAAGGCCAUGGUCUCCCCGCGGAUGCCCCGGCUCCGGUGCCAGACAGUGAUCCUAGCGCUCCUUUUCCUCCCCCAGGCACGGCCCGCUGGCGUCUUCGAGCUGCAGAUCCACUCCUUCGGGCCGGGCCCGGGCCCGGGGGCCCCGCGCUCCCCUUGCAGCACCCGGGGGUCCUGCCGCCUCUUCUUCAGAGUCUGCCUGACGCCGGGGGUCUCCGAGGAGGCCGCCGAGUCCCCGUGCGCCUUGGGCGCGGCGCUGAGUGCGCGUGGACCCGUCUACACCGAGCAGCCGGGAGCGCCAGCGCCUGACCUGCCGCUGCCCGACGGACUCAUGCGGUUGCCCUUCCAGGACGGCUGGCCGGGCAGCUUCUCUCUCAUCAUCGAAACCUGGAGAGAGGAGUUAGGAGAGCGGAUUGGAGGGCCAGCCUGGAGCCUGCUCGCGCGCGUGGCCGGCCGGCGGCGCCUGGCGGCCGGGGGCCCGUGGGCCCGGGACGUGCAGCGCGCGGGCUCCUGGGAGCUGCGCUUCUCGUACCGCGCGCGCUGCGAGCCGCCUGCCGCCGGGGCCGCGUGCGCGCGCCUCUGCCGCCCGCGCAGCGCCCCCUCGCGGUGCGGCCCAGGACUGCGCCCCUGCGCGCCGGUCGAGGACGAGUGUGAGCCGCCGCCAGCAUGUCGAGCAGGCUGCAGCCCAGAGCACGGCUUCUGUGAGCAGCCUGACGAAUGCCGGUGCCUGGAGGGCUGGGCUGGGCCCCUCUGCACGGUUCCUGUCUCAGCCAGCAGCUGUCUCAGCUCUGCCACCACUGGAUGCCUAAUACCUGGGCCGGGGCCCUGUGAUGGGAACCCGUGUGCCAAUGGGGGCAGCUGCAGCGAGACACCCGGGUCCUUUGAGUGUGCCUGCCCCCGUGGGUUCUACGGGUUGCGGUGUGAGGUGAGCGGGGUGACAUGCGCGGAUGGACCCUGCUUCAAUGGCGGCUUGUGUGUCGGCGGCGCAGACCCCGGCUCGGCCUACAUCUGCCACUGCCCGCCUGGUUUCCAAGGCUCCAACUGUGAGAAGAGGGUGGACCGGUGCAGCCUGCAGCCGUGCCGCCAUGGCGGCCUCUGCCUGGACCUGGGCCACGCCCUGCGCUGCCGCUGCCGCGCCGGCUUCGCGGGUCCGCGCUGCGAGCACGACCUCGACGACUGCGCCGGCCGCGCCUGCGCCAACGGCGGCACGUGCGUGGAGGGCGGCGGCGCGCGCCGCUGCUCCUGCGCGCUGGGCUUCGGCGGCCGCGACUGCCGCGAGCGCGCGGACCCCUGCGCCGCGCGCCCCUGCGCCCACGGCGGCCGCUGCUACGCCCACUUCUCCGGCCUCGUCUGCGCCUGCGCGCCCGGCUACAUGGGCGCGCGGUGCGAGUUCCCGGUUCGCCCCGACGGCGCGGACGGCGCAGGCGCGUUGGCCGCAGCCCCGCCGGGCCUCAGGCAGGGGGACGCCCAGCGCUUCCUUUUGCCGCCGGCUUUGGGACUCCUGGCGGCCGCGGGCCUGGCCGGGGCUGCGCUCUUGCUGGUCCACGUGCGCCGCCGUGGCCACGCCCGGGACACUGGGUCUCGCUUGCUGGCGGGGACCCCGGAGCCAUCGGUCCACGCGCUCCCUGAAGCACUCAACAACCUGAGAACGCAGGAGGGGUCCGAGGACGGCCCGAGUUCGUCCGUCGACUGGAGUCGCCCUGAAGAUGGAGACUCCGGAGCGAUUUACGUCAUAUCUGCGCCUGCGAUCUGUGCCCGGGAGGCCUGACCUGUCUCGUCUCCAUCCGCACCAGGCUAUUUUUGUUUCGCUUGGUGGUGCCCAAUCUCUGCCCCCAGACGCCUUGGAGUUCAAGCUGGAAGGGGUAGCUGGGAGAAUUUUACUGUGGACGUUGUAAAUAAUGAUUAUUUAUGUCCCAUUUUUUUCUCUCCCCAUCUCUCCAGAAACAUCUAUAAAGGCUCUUACUUUGGUCAGUUGUGACUUAC